AUGUUGAGUGUAUUAGAUGAUCAACGAGCGACGGAAAUGAUGAUUGGCAAUGAAUACCAGCUGGGACGGAAAAUUGGCUCUGGAUCGUUUGGUGAUAUCCAUGUGGGUAAAAAUAUUUAUACUGAAAAACAAGUAGCUAUAAAAUUAGAACCUAUAAACACGCGAUAUCCCAAACUACAUACAGAAUUUUUAGUUUACAACAAGCUCACGAAAUUACGCGGAAUACCUGCAGUAAAAUGGUUUGGUUCUGAGGGCAAAUACAACUUUAUGGUAAUGGAUUUAUUAGGACCAUCAUUGGAGGAUCUGUUUAAUUCAUGUUUCAGACGAUUUUCAUUAAAAACUGUACUACUAUUAGCUGAUCAAUUGCUGGAUCGAAUUGAGAUUAUUCAUAGUAAAAACUUGAUACACAGGGAUAUCAAACCUGAUAAUUUUUUAAUGGGUUGGGGAAAACGUGGAUAUAUGGUGUACAUUAUAGAUUUUGGACUCUCGAAGACAUAUUGUGAUAAUGUGACCAAUGAACACAUAGUGUAUCGAGAGAACAAAAAUCUCAUUGGAACUGCUCGUUAUGCUUCUAUAAAUAAUCAUUUAGGAAUAGAACAAAGUCGAAGAGAUGAUCUAGAGUCUCUUGGUUAUAUGUUAAUGUACUUUCUUCGUGGCUCUUUGCCAUGGCAAGGUUUAAGAGCACAGACUAGACAACAAAAAUAUGAACGUAUAAGUGAAAAAAAAAUUAAUACUCCAUUUGAAGUUUUAUGCCAAGGAUAUCCAAAUGAAUUUUUAUCAUAUUUGUUGUACUGCCGUUCAAUGAAAUUUACUGAAACACCUGAUUUUACCUAUUUAAGACAAUUAUUUAAGCAAUUAUUUGAUUUUAAAGGUUUUGACUAUGAUUAUAUUUUUGAUUGGACUAAGUUUAAGUCUGAGGAAAAUAGUGCUCCAUACAGUGGAUCUGAUGAUGAAAAAUAUGGUUUGCAUCAAGAUAGACGUGUGAUGCAAGAUAGAAGUUCUCCUGUUAAUUAUGUUGUACCUCUAAAUAGUCUGGCCCAAGCUGAUCAGAGUAGUUUAAAGGAUUUUACAAAUUUGCCCAAAGUUCCUUUGGUACCAAUGGAUAAUUAUUCAAGGUAUGAUGUUAUGCAACCAUUACAAUCAAGAUCACGUUAUAGUGUUGAUCCUGGUUCUGCAAGACCAGUAAGAACACAAACCCGAAGAUCGACAAUGGUAACAUCUGAUUCACCACCUGUUACUCAACAUUUGCAAACCAAGUCAGUAUCUGAGAUCAGACGUCAUCGCCAUUAA